GUUAAUACCAUGGCUUAUUACCAUCUUCUAUUGUGCAUCCUCUUGUGCAGCAGCUACUAUUCGAUCGUUCUUGCAGUAAAUCUGAACAACUUUGCAGUCGUGCCAGCUCGUUCGUUCGAACCAGAAGCAGCGUGCUCUACAUCAAGUGCGAGUUCCGACCCGAACCGCGCUUCCGUGCCUUUGGUGCACCGGCACGGGCCGUGCGCGCCAUCGGCGGCGAGCGGCGGCAAGCCAUCUCUCGCCGAGAGGCUCCGCCGCGACCGCGCCCGCACGAACUACAUCGUCACCAAGGCCACCGGCGGCCGCACGGCGGCCACCGCGCUGUCGGACGCCGCCGGCGGUGGCACGAGCAUCCCGACGUUCCUGGGCGACUCCGUCAACUCGCUGGAGUACGUCGUCACGCUCGGCAUCGGCACGCCGGCCGUCCAGCAGACCGUCCUCAUCGACACCGGCAGCGACCUGUCGUGGGUGCAGUGCAAGCCGUGCGGCGCCGGCGAGUGCUACGCCCAGAAGGACCCGCUGUUCGACCCGAGCUCGUCGUCGUCGUACGCCUCGGUCCCGUGCGACUCCGACGCGUGCAGGAAGCUCGCGGCCGGCGCGUACGGCCAUGGCUGCACGGGCGUCUCCGGCGGCGCCGCCGCGCUGUGCGAGUACGGGAUCGAGUACGGCAACCGCGCCACCACCACCGGGGUGUACAGCACGGAGACGCUGACGCUCAAGCCCGGCGUCGUCGUCGCCGACUUCGGCUUCGGCUGCGGCGACCACCAGCACGGCCCCUACGAGAAGUUCGACGGCCUCCUCGGGCUCGGCGGCGCGCCGGAGUCGCUCGUGUCGCAGACGUCGUCCCAGUUCGGCGGGCCCUUCUCGUACUGCCUCCCGCCGACGAGCGGCGGCGCCGGGUUCCUCACUCUCGGCGCGCCGCCCAACAGCAGCAGCAGCACGGCGGCCAGCGGCUUAUCGUUCACGCCGAUGCGCCGCCUCCCCUCGGUGCCGACGUUCUACAUCGUGACGCUCACCGGCAUCAGCGUCGGCGGUGCGCCGCUCGCCAUCCCGCCGUCGGCGUUCUCGAGCGGCAUGGUCAUCGACUCCGGCACGGUCAUCACGGGGCUCCCGGCGACGGCCUACGCGGCGCUCCGGUCAGCGUUCCGGAGCGCCAUGUCCGAGUACCGGCUCCUGCCGCCGUCGAACGGCGGCGUGCUCGACACGUGCUACGACUUCACCGGACACGCCAACGUCACCGUGCCGACGAUCUCCCUGACGUUCAGUGGCGGCGCCACGAUCGACCUCGCUGCGCCGGCGGGUGUUCUGGUCGACGGCUGCCUUGCCUUCGCCGGAGCAGGGACGGACAACGCCAUUGGAAUCAUUGGCAACGUGAACCAACGCACGUUCGAGGUUCUGUACGAUUCUGGCAAGGGAACCGUCGGAUUUAGGGCCGGUGCUUGCUGACAGAUGACACGUGUCCUACUAAUGUUUUUCAUGCAAUAUAAUAAGACACCAUUUGGUCCGUACAUUGGAAAAACUAAGAAAUUUUAAAUUAAAAAUCAUGUGAAAUGUGCCUUGUUUGGAUUUCACAGAGAGGGUAGAGAGACAAUGAGACAAGUCACAUUGGACUUCUCAGGGGAUAAAAAAGAAAGAAGUUUGAGCUCAUUGUCUAGUUUCCUAUGAAAUUGGUGUAUAGGAACUUGCAUGCUUGGU